AUGCAUCGAAAUGCUCGGGGGAAUGUGCCCGGUCCAUCGACCCUCCGUCAGUCCAUAGGGACGACGAAGUCCGACCGAGAUCGCGACCGAGUCCCCAGUAUAGAUGGCAGCGGUCCUAGAACCCCGGACACGACCACGAGCAACUCCACAACGAGGCACAUGCAUCAUCAGUCUCAUUCCAGAACUGGCCGCCAGGAGCGGAGGUGCACCGUCACCGUCAAUGAGUCCUUCUCCCGCGACGAGGUACUCCUCAACCUGGAUCUUUUCGACAAUGGCAUUAAGCCCGGCAGCCUCAUGGCCAUCGAGGUGCCGCCCGAGAAGUCGGGUCACUCCAGCCUGCGGAAGAUGCCGACUCAGGACCACAUAGACAGGGAUGACAGCUCGAUGGACGCAUCACAGAGCGGUAGCACCACAACCACUGACAGACGCUACUUGUUCAUCGUCAAGGACAUGUCCAAGGAUAUGAAGCUGCGCCACCCCAAAGUAGAGCUGUAUGUCGCCAAGCAUGUUGCUGAGGCAUUCGGCAUGAAAAAGGGUGGUCAUGUCUACCUGGUUCCAGAGGAUGCCAACAACCCAUCAAUAGAGGCUUCACAUGUGGAACUGUCCUUCAGAGACCAGUACCUCUCGCGAGCCGACAUGUGGCGAAUGGCCGUCGGGGAGUUGUCCGAGCGAACCGUCUACCAGGGACAGGUGAUAUACUUCCUGGGAACCUGCAAGGCUCAGGUCUCGGCAGUCUUUGUAGAAGGGCGUAAAGUACGCUCUGCCUUCUUCGGCCGACACACGAGGCCCAUAUAUCGCAGCGAGUCGGCUCGCUACAUACUCUUCAUACAAAUGUCACGCGAGAUGUGGGAUUUUGACUCUGACGGCUCUGGCGAGAUCAUGUUCAACAAGGUGGUUAAUGGCUUCCUGCCUGCUCUCUUCAAGAAGUGGAUGGCGUUAAAGCUCAAGCAUCUGGUCAGCAUUGUACUCUUUGCCCGGGUCGAAUACGACACUGGCAUAUCCACCGAAUUCGCCGAGACAGCUCUGCAAGAUUCUUACUUUACCGGCACCCAAAAGUCCGGAAGCAAGCGCCCAUACAAGGACUUUUACCGAGUGGUAGUUAGCGAAAAGACCAGUGUCGAAUGGACGAGCAUUCUUUAUCACCUCAAACGAGAAUUUGGAAUCUUCCGACGAGACAUCAGUAUUCAUCAUCAACAGGCGUUAAACCCGAUGCAGAGUGUAUCAGAAGAAGGGGCCACGAAACAGCCGUACCACAGGCAAAUCAGAGCCGAAUCCUCACUCGCAACCCAUGGAAACUUUUUGGAGGCAAUCAAUCUCGCGUCAACAGUCUAUGCCCAUGACUACAUCGACAGAGACUUGAUGAGAACUGGCAUUUCGGUUGUUGUCAUCAGUCCCGGUGCUGGUGUUUUCGAAGUAGACUACGAGGAGCUCCGAAGAACAACAGAGGCCCUUGUUGGAAAUGGCAUAGGCAUAGACUUGAUCUGCGUCCCCAAGAUCCCGCUACAUUCAGUGCCACUUUUCCGGUACAAAAAGGUGCCAGAGAAGGGGAGACGCCACUCCGAAAAGAUCAAACCCCAUUUCAACGACGGUAGCACGCCCAAGUAUCAUACACCUGCUAUCGGCAGUUACACCAGUGCCCUUGGAUCCUCUCUCUCGCCGACCAAAAACAUGAGUGUGCCCCCUCGUGCGGAGCCUUCCUUGAUGUCUCAUGCUAGCAACGACGAAUGGAGCUACGCUUUACCACAAUGGCUGCACGUAUCAUACUGGACGGGCAACUCUGACGAAGCACUCUCGUAUCAGGGCAUAGCGCUCUCGGCCUCGGAUAACACUUGUCAGGAUUCACAGGAUGAGUUUGCCAUCAGGUGCAGGAUGUAUGAUCUUCAGAUGAGGAGCGUAUUGGAAACGAACGAGAUCGAAACAACACCGCUUCAUGCCGAUCCGUCGUUCCCACGAAAGCUCAUUCAACCAUUACCUCUCGCAAAGUUUAGACGCUACGACGUUGACGGCAUUACGUUGAUACCAAACUUGCGCCACACAGGUGGCCUAGUUGAUCACGUGUCCGGAUUUCAAAAAUUUGCGCCAGACAAGCAUGCUAAACCAGGGGAAAAGACGACCUGGAGGCACCUUCAAGAAUACGAUGACACCAAAGCACACCUCCCAGCUUCUAGACGCCACUCGGGCUUUCGACCGCGGGACAAUGGCGAUAACGUCCGGAUGCAUGGGGUCGAAAGUGGCAGUUACCUCGGGGCAUCUAUGAUCUCGGAGAGGCGUGUAUCAGUUAAUUAUCACCAAUCACCACUCCCCAGUAUAAACUCAAAGUCAUCCUCGGGCAAGACUCCAAAAUUCAUGCGACAGAUAAGCCUCGGUCAGCGAGGAUUUGGCAUUGCCGCACCCAAGGUCGCUGUCGCAGAGGUGCAGGUGGAGAACGUCGCGGCGGCAACAUCGAUGGCGAAUGUAUCUGGAAGUCGUAGUCCGCUGCCAGUGCGGAUGACGCCAAUCAAGUCAUAUUCACAGCCUCCCCAAUCGCCUCAGGCACUGACCGCAAUUCGCGACUCACCAAUUGCCGAAAGAGCUCAAGAGUCUGGCCGCUCCUCUAGACUCACCCCAAGUCGACCUAUACAUAUCAGGAAUAACGUGCAAUCCUCAGACUCGACACUGUUCGGCACGGUUGGAACUAUGAUCUCAUCAUCUGUCAUUCGUCACGCAGGCCCAGGCCCCGAUGUGCCAGAGAUCAAGUACUCCAACGCAUUGAGGGCAGAGGAUGCCCAGAAGGUUGGCAUCUCUAAACUCCGAGCUGGAGAACUGCCGGACCAGCAAGCCACUUUGUCCCCCAGCGCAGCCGUGUCACCAUGGCUCACAGUUCUCAACCCUUGCAACCCCGAGGCGAACAAGGUCGAUGAGACGAACCUCUACAGUCGCUGGCAACACGUCUUUCCACGACCGUCUGAAAUGAGAGUGAUGAAGUGGAAGUCAUUAUGCACUCCUGCUGCUGUUCCCUUGACUACGGAACAUUUCCCUACCCAAGCUCAGUUCGAUUCGGAAUACCAAAGGCAACCGUAUAAUGUGUCUCAGGAGUUGGACGAUGAGCUAACAGAAGAGGCAAAAACCCGAGAAGAGCUACUCAAAGAGCUGAUCAGCCUACGUUUCUCUCAAGGCUUCCAGGUCGUCGUUGGUCAAGCAGUCGCCAAGGCGUUUGGACAGAAACAAAUGAAAAUAGCAGACAUCUUGUCGAGAGAUCAUAGUGCCGAGGAUGGAACCAGCAUCUUCCUCUCUGUGGGUAACACCAUUCAUCAGCUAUCCUGUGUCAAUGGAACCGAGGUCGAGGUCAAUAUUUUUACCCGCAAGCCAGCUUUGCAAGCUUCCAACAUGGCGCAACCUGAAGUGUAUAAACCUGCGAUCCGCACAAUCAUGGAUGAGGACUACGUUGCUACAGAAAUCGACAUUGCGACCCCCAAGCCGGAGCGGAAUUGGAACUACAUAGACUCAUAUGUUGCCGGCCAUGACCUUGAGCUGUCAGAAAGCUUCCGAUUUUGGAGAGCUCGUUUUGUCUUGAUACCAAUUGUCAACAGAACUUCACUCGACCCGGUUGCGGGUGAAAAGGAAGAAGAAACUCGCAUCGAAGGCAUUCGACGACUGGGUAAACUCUGGCAGAAGCAUCGCUAUAUACCACCCUCGGAUCGACGAUUCCAAGAUCUCGGGCCUCGGCAUAGAAAGGACCCCAACCCUUUGGAUAUUGUCUACAAGACGGAUGAUCCAUCCGUAGUUAUUGCCGCCGAGCUGGAAACAUUGCCUUUACUAGAGGGACUGGAAGCGGGACACCGUCGGGCACAACUUGUAACCAACAAGCACCAGUUCCGCAAAUCUAGCCUCAAUUUGGCACAAUUGGCCGAAGCUAUCCAACAGCCUGUUGAGAGCGGUGGAGUUCGGAUGCAGAAUCGCAGAUGGCAUCUCCGCUUACACUACAACUGCUUUAUUGGCUCCGACAUGAUUGAUUGGAUGUUGGAUAAUUUUGAGGAUCUGGAUAGCAGAGAAGAAGCCGAAGCACUUGGAAAUGUGUUGAUGAUAUCGGAUGAGGACAAGCUCAAGGACAAAGAAAAAGACAAGGAUAAAGAAAAGGACAGGGACAAGGAGAAAGAAGGCAGUACCCGGAGAGAAUCCGGGAUUUUUGUUCACGUUGAGAAGCGACAUCGCUUCAAAGACGGGCAGUAUUUCUACCAGAUCAGCAGCGAGUUUGCCAAGCCGCAGCCCAGCACAUGGUUCAACCAGAGAUGGCGGGAUGCCUCUGUGCCUUCCACCCCGAUCUCCGAGCAGCCGCCUCGAGAUAUCAUCAGAAACAGCAUCUCUCAGACACUGAGCGAAGAGGAGUCACUUGCUUCUGGUACGACAACUCCGACGGCCCCAGUACUACCUUCAGGAGGCAAUAAGCCCCGGGUAAUGCUCAGCAAGGUCAUGAAGUACGAUGUCGAUCACCGCAAGAGGUCUUACCGGCCGGAACGUAUUGAUCUUCACUAUGAUCGCCUACAUAAUCCCGACAACUGUUACCACUUGCGCAUCGACUGGAUGAACGUUACUGCAAAGCUCAUUGAGGAUGCCGUCGAGGGUUGGGCCAGGGAGGCGAGCUUAUACGGUAUGCGGCUAGUCGAGGUCCCGAUUGCCGAGGCAUGCACCAUCAGCGACGUUAAUCCAUUCAGGAAGCCCUACCCUAUCAAACUUGCGGUGCCGCCUCCUGACAGGCAGCCUGUCAGUUUUUAUGACCCGACGUCGUUCUCACCCCUAUCCCAACCAGCUAGGCUAUUUUAUCAAAAAGCCAUUCUGCGCAAAUUCGACUUUGUGCUCGAUAUGGAGUCGGCAUCCAGCUUCCCCAGUAACGUGGAUGUGACUUAUUCGUGGGGGAAGCCUGAUUUCAAGUACACGCAGUAUAUCCAUCGUUCGGGGAUCUUGUUAGCCGAGAUCACUGACGAGGGGGACUUCCUCAUCCUUGCGAACCGGCUUUACAGUAAUCGGGCACAGGCCGCACGCGACAAGGAGAUGCGCAAGGAAGAAGAGCAACAGCAGCACAAACACAGGAAGGGUGGCGUUGGCGUUGGCGGUAACAGUGGGCUGGCUGGACAUAUGCACGUCGCUGACCUCACGCCACUGUCCUCUCCCCUCUUCAGGGCCGUCAAUACGACAGGGUCUCCAAAGCCGGCUGGCCAGGGUGCCGUGGGAACAGGCGGCCCCAGCAGUAAUGCAGGACUAGGCGGAGAACACAAUGUACACUCUGCGCUGAUAAAGUUUUCCCUGGACGAGCCCAACUCCAUCAGAGUCGAGAUGGAGAAGUUUUGUCACGACCCGGCCGCGCUCGAGGCAUUCUACAGCGAAAUUCUGGAGAAAGCGUCGGGGCCGCAGCCUGCGUCGUCAAUCAUGGCGCCGACGAUCAUAUCCCAAAGCGGAUCGGGCACGGGUCCGGUUGCGGAUCACAACAUCCCGAAUUUCCCAUCUGGAGGGUUACCGCAGGGGCUUCUAUCGUCUUCAGUGGCGGGGGAUUCGUUAUCUGUCAUUCCGAGCCCGGUCCAGCAGAGAGUCCAGAGCCCGGCUGUGCUGGCGGCGUCGCAGUUGUUGAGACGGGGCAGCGUACAGUACUGA